UCUCUUAGCAUAUUUCUCUUCACAUCACUAUAGUUGACGAGUGUUUCUACCUAUACUGACAUAGGCAUCUGCCAGAUGUCAAAUAUUUAUUGUGUGUAUUGAAUAGUUAUUGAAUAAUCAUUAAGCUUAAACAUAAUUGUUUCAUACGUUUCUAUGAUUCGAACUUAAUGAGAAAACAACAAUCAUGGUUAUAUAUGGUGUUUACAUCGUCUCCAAGUCCGGUGGUUUAAUUUUUAACCAUGACCACAAUGUUCCGAAAAUUGAAAACGAACAAAGUUUUUCUUAUCCAUUAGAUUUAAAAUUAACAUAUGAAAAUAAAAAAGUUGUUGUUGCUUUUAGUCAACGAGAUGGAAUUAAUGUGGGACACGUCUUGAUAUCAGUAAAUGGAAGUCCUGUGGCAGGAAAAGAACUCGAAGACGGCCGAGAUGUAUUUAAUUUGUUUGAACAGCCUGAAAACUUUCCAUUAACAUUGAAGUUCGGUCGAGCAAAAAUGACAACGAAUGAGAAGAUUUUCUUAGCAUCAAUGUUUUAUCCAUUAUUUGCAAUAGCUAGUCAAUUGAGUCCAGAGCCUCGUUGCUCUGGUAUUGAAAUAUUAGAAGCUGACACAUUUAGACUCUACUGUUUUCAAACACUGACUGGCGUUAAAUUUAUGGUGGUCGCAGAACCGUCUCAACCCGGUAUGGAAAUUCUCACAAAGCGUGUUUAUGAACUCUAUGCAGAUUACGCAUUAAAGAAUCCAUUUUAUUCUUUGGAUAUGCCGAUAAGAUGUGAAUUAUUUGAAACAAAUUUGAUAAAUUUAUUAGAAACUGUUGAAAAGUCUGGGAUAAGCAGUAUGUAGAAAUAUUUAUAAUAAAUUUAUUCAAUAAUUUGUAAGUAAUGUAUAUACUUUGAUUAUAAUUACAAAUAUAAUUAAUUAACAUUGAA